AUGGACGACGAUGAGCCUAUGGAAGACGCCGAGGCCACGCGUGAGCCGCAAUUGCCCUUGUCUGAAGAUGAGAGGCAAGUCCUCGAACUAUACGACAAGCUGCAGCAGAUUGAUCUCGAGAUUGCCAUAAUCAAAGCUCAGAAGUCACAUCAAUCAAGUAUGCUACGGCGCUUUCGCUCACUGGCACCUCUAUCAAUGUGUUGCCUUGAGAUUUCACCGAGUGCUAAUGAGACGACAGCCCCGACAGACGACUCACCGGAAGCGCUGGCUGCCGCACAAGAGGCCCUUCUGCAGGCUCGGUCCCGGUACAAGCUCCGAAACGAUGCCGUCGAGCUCAUCAUGAUGGCAAGCCCCGUCCUCAACGCCGUUCACGGCGGCACAAAUGCCUCUCUCAUCGACCGCGACUUGCUUCCCUACAUUAUCAAGCGCGACGACGCCUCCGUCCAGGUAGCUCAAGGCGCCGCGCAGGCGCAGGACACACGCGACUCCCUCACCGAUGUGCAGGCGGAAACGCUGCGCGCGUGCCGGCGCAACGUUAACCUGACAAGCAAGCUGUUUGAGCUUGCGGCGCAGCUCAAGGAGCGCAAGGCCGUCGACUGGGAUGGCGGCGAGGAGGCGCUCCGGGUGCGCGACGAGAAGCGCAAGUGGCGCACGGUCAAGGGUGCCGCGAGCGGCAUCGUGGCCGGCAGCGGGGUGGAUUGGGCGUCGGAUGAGGCGCUACGCGACAUGGUGCUCGAUCCGGAAGAUGAUGAUUAG